CGGCAUGGCCGAAGUAAAGCUGGCAGUGCUAGGCGGUACCGGAGCCGGCAAGUCGGCGCUGGCGGUGCGGUACCUGACCAGGCGCUUCAUCGGGGAGUACGCGUCCAACGCCGAAUGCAUCUACACUAAACACCUGUGCCUGGAUGGGAGGCAGAUACACUUGGAAAUUUAUGACCCUUGUUCACAGCCACAGCAGGGGAACCUCUCCCUCACAGACAAGCUCCACUGGGCUGAUGGAUUUAUUAUUGUUUACGACAUCAGUGACAGAGCAUCAUUUGCAUUUGCAAAAGCACUGCUGUACAGGAUCCGAGAGUCUCACGUAGGAGCUUGUAAAAAAAUGAAUGAGUCGUCAGUAUUUUUAGUUGGCAAUAAACAGGAUUUAUGCCACAUGAGGGAAGUUGGCUGGGAUGAAGGACAGAAGCUGGCAAAAGAUAACAAGUGCCAAUUCUGUGAACUGUCUGCAGCAGAACAUUAUCAAGAAGUUGUGACAAUGUUCACAAAAGUCCUGAAGAAUAUCACAUUGAAUUUCAAAGUCAAGGACAAGAGACGCCUAAGUGGAUCGAAGUCAAUGGCCAAGUUAAUCAACAAUGUGUUCGGAAAAAGAAGGAAAUCUGUGUAAAAAAAAAUGAAAUUAAAAAAAUUAAGAUGGUUAUACUGGAAGUAGGAACAAGCUGAAGUAAUGGAGCACAGGCAGCUCUUGGGAAUCAGUCCAUUUCCUCCUAAGGUCAGUGUCCGUAGGAGAAGACAGUAUCCAAAAGCAGAAUAUAGUGUGGUCAAGUGGACAAGGUCUGGAUCUAGAAGAUCUUCUCUUUCCAGUUCUACUACAGAUCAGCUAUGUUAAGGCUAUGACACUUAAAUUUUAAGCUGCUCCUCUCACCCUUUAUCUGGCAAGUUCUUCAGAAGGGAGUUUUAGGUUGCAUUUAUAUAACACUAAUAUAAUCUUGGAUAGAGCUUCUAGGUGUGACUGGAGUACAAACAGUUAUUUACAAUAAACUCAGCCUAGCUGAUCCAAAUCUUCAGAGUUCUGAGCAGUAUCUUUAUGCAAGAACCUUUGCACUAAAGAAAAGCAAAAUACUGCUGCUUCAUGUGAUAAUGAAUUUAACUGAAGGGAGGAUGGCUGAGUUCCUUGUCCACCUACAGAUGCCUAGCAUCUGCUGAAAUUCAUAUGAAUUAAAUGGUUAGAUAUCAAAUCAACAAAAGGUAUUUACCUGCAAAGCUGCUUUGCAAAGGUACCAGAAGUAGGGAAGCAGAUAAAUAAAGUAGUAUUGUCUCCUUUCAGUACCUUUUUUU